CGGUUUCAGCAGUCGUAGCGAGCCCACGUCGUUUCAGCGCGGCCACUUUACGAAACUUUCAGUUACAUAUAAUUUCAACAAACACCCUUAAAUCACAAAAUAAUAAUAAUAAAAACAAAUUAUAAAAAUCCGCGAUCGAACAAAUCCGAGCAGAAUUUCUUUUUGUUGUUUUAUAAUUUUUAAAAUUAGAGUAAUUUGAGUGUUUUUUUGUUUUUAGUUUUUCGAGUGUUUUAAAGUUGAGUGCAGUGUUUAUUUCGAUGUUUGUGUUGAGAUGUUAAUUGGUCAAAAUAGGUGAGAAUAAUGGUCCAUUGCCUGAGCAGCCCGUGUGCGGUGGACUAGAAGUGAAUUGGACAUUAUGUUAUUAUCAUAUCAAGCGCAUACUAACUAUCCUGAUGCCUUUUUAUGAUGACAUUCCACAACACAGGAUGGAAAAUAAUUCGUUUGAGGGAUGGGGGCUGGAGCCCAACCAAAAUCUCACCUUAAACGCUUCAGCGAGAUGGCUAAUCGAAGCUUCCAGAGGCAUCCAAGACCCGAACAUCUUACUGGAAAAAUUUUCGCAGAACAAAAAAGUAGAUGAUCCGACAAGAGCGUUACUUCUCACGUUUUAUGGUAUCCUGGUAGUCAUUGGAGCAGUGGGCAAUGCCCUUGUUGUUAUAUCUGUGAGUUUUCCAUGUUGUCCUGUAGUUCGCAAACCAGUGAUGAGGACAGCAAGAAACAUGUUCAUUGUCAACUUGGCUGUAUCUGAUGCCCUGGUCUGCUGCGUUGGUACACCCCUAACGUUGAUGGAGCUGCUGACGAAACAUUGGCCUCUGCCAGACUGGCCGAGCCUUUGUAAGGCCUGUGGCGCUAUACAAGCGAUAUCAAUAUUCGUGUCCACUAUCUCCAUUACUGCUAUUGCUUUGGAUAGAUAUCAGCUCAUCGUGUAUCCAACUCGACCUGGUCUCCAAACGAUGGGUGCCCUCGUCACGAUGUUCUGCAUCUGGGUCACCGCCUUCACCCUCGCAUCACCUCUCUACAUCUUCAGAAGCCUCAAGACUCACUACCUCGGCCUAAUCGGCAUGGACUCUCUAAGCUUCUGCAUAGAAGACUGGCCCAUCGAAAACGGCCGAGCAAUCUACUCUGUAUUUAGUUUAAUCUUUCAAUACUUACUGCCAGUUUUAGUUGUAGUACUUGCGCAUGUCCAAAUACAUAGGAGGUUAAGAGGGAGGAGAAGGACCACGAGGAAAACCCCAGCGAUUCUCAUAGCUAUAGCUGUUACUUACGUCAUAAGUUGGCUGCCUUUGAACGUGUUCAAUCUGGUAGCAGACUUUAGUGCACAGCCCUUUAUGGAGGAGAAGACGAUGACAAUAACGUACGCGGUAUGCCAUAUGUUUGGGAUGUCCAGUGCAGUCUCAAAUCCUCUCCUAUACGGGUGGUUGAAUGACAACUUCAGGAAGGAGUUUGAGGAGAUACUGUGUUGCUGUAAAAAGAGGCCGCUGAACAAAAACACGAGGAUAAAGAGCAGGAAGAUGGACACAGAGUUGACGGCACUGGCGCAGUUGGAACACACUGUCACCGCCAACACGAAGACAUCACAAUGCUCUCAGAUUUUCUGACUAAAGGCCUGUUGUAAAUAGCACGAACCCAUAAGUGUUGAGAUGCAAAGCAUUUGAACUUUAGUGUCAAUUUUAAUAACGGUGUAAAAAGUUCCUUUAAUUUUCAAGUUGUUAGAUAAUAGUUUCUCUUGUAAAUACCUGUAGAUAUACUGUAUUAUGUACUUGUUAGUGAUAAUAUUGUACUAUACGUUUUUAUGAGCCCAAAACGUAGAGUACUAAUAUUUCAUAUGAAGCCUUAUUUCGGUUAGUUGUAAGGAUCAUUUUUUAUUAAAUAAACUCGUUGGAGAAAAAUGUA